AUGGACAACGAUCAAUCACCAACAGUUGUAUCGCCAUUGGCAUUAGGUGGUGCUAUCACUGGCAUAUUUGUGUUGAUAUUUUCGGCUAUUUAUUUAUUCUUUCGCUCACCAUCUUCGUCGAGAACGGAUGAAGUGAAAAACGAAAGUGAAACUAGUAAAACGGAAAGUACGACGAAAAAGUCGUCUUCAAGUAAGGUGGUGAAACAAGAUACAAAGGUCGUUUCUAAAUUCGUUCACCCAUGGUUAUGCGUAUCAUUACGCGCUCAUACCGGAUCAGUUACUGGUCUUGAUUUCAGCCAUAAUGAUAAGUAUCUUGCAUCAGCUGCUGAAGAUGAUAGUGUUCUCUUAUGGCAGACAAAAGAUUUUAAUGAAAAAGAUCAUAAGCACACUCGAGUAAAUAUCGAAUUUGGACAAGCAAAUCAUGUUGCAUUCAGUCCCGAUGGAAAAGCGUUUCUUGUCAACUUAGUCAAAGAAAAUACUAUACGUGUAUAUAAAUUUGAAAAACGUGCUGAUGGUCUACCCACUAAUGUGAAAUCGGUGUUAGAUUUUCCCAAAAAAAAUGAAAGUGACGUGAUUUCUAUCGGCAUUGCUUGCACAGGAAAGUUUAUAAUGUCAGCGGAAGUCAAUAAUAAGAUCGUGAUAUUCGAUAUCAAAGGUGAAGUUUUGGGUAUAGUAGAAACACAUCAGGGACAUUUGAAUUACGCUGCUGUGUCUCCAUGUGGUCGAUUUUUUGGUUCAUGUGGAUUUAUGAGUGAUGUGCGUUUCUAUGAAGUUUGUUUUGAAAAAUCCAAUGGAAAUUUCAAAGAAAUUCGUCGAGCUUUCGACCUUAAAGGACACAAUGCUCAAGUGACAUGUUUCAGUUUGAAUAAAGAUUCAACGCGUGCUGCAACGAUUUCUAAAGAUAAUACAUGGAAAUUAUGGAAUGCUGAUGUGGAUUAUAUUCAUAAACAAGAUCCGAAGUGUUUAUAUACAGGAACAUUAACAUAUCAUAUUCAAGAGCUAGCUUUGAUUGUUCUUUCGCCCGAUGCCCUUUCGGCAGUGGUUUCUAUUGAUGAUCGUAUGAUGUUCUACAAUCUAAGUAGGGAAGGCAAACCUUGCGAACAAGACAUUGCAAAUGUGUAUUCGGAGACUAUCCGUACAUUGGUGAUGGAUAACACCGGACGAUAUGUAGCAUCUGCGGCUGGCCGACAAAUUCGAGUAUUUCAUAAUAUUGCUGGACUGGAAGGUUUGAUCGACGAUUUGACAGAAACAGCACGUACGGCAAAACAGUUAGCAUUAAAAGAACGCAUUGAAGAACAAAUCAAUGAUGCUCGUACAAAAAUCAACAAGAUUCUAAAUGCGACUGCGUAG